AUGACUCCGUCUGCUGCUGCUGUACGCUACACGGGCUUCUCGCAGGGCGGCACCGUGUCCCGUCGGAGCUCCCUUUCCUCACCAUCCCCCGUCAUUGCGCCAACCUACUUCGAAUCCUCUCCCCGGCGUCCUCAACCUGAAGCGCGACCACACGAGCCCGCGUAUCGACAUGUCGUCCCGACUAUCCACGGACGACGUCUGAUCUUGUACCUCGCAAGCGCCCUCGCCCUCCUUCUCCUCCUAUCCGAAAUGCGACCUCGACGGACCGCUUCGUACGCGGAUGACGAGGAAGUCGCUCGAUUCGACGAAGCGGACUGGCACUCACGGCGGAGCGCAAUUUCGAGCCGGCCUCAACGGACGUUCGCAUGGCGGCGGCCGUCGUCGAAGCUUCCUCGCGCGAUCUACGGCACCAACAUCACCUUCACCGACUUCCUCAACACGCACUUCCCUCUCUCCGACCCACAACCGCCGCACAUCUGGAUCACCCUCGCCGACGAGCUGUUUGCCGAGACGGGCGCGGCGAAUCUGCAGACGUUCGUCGACCAGCUGAACGAGGAGCGGACACACAAGUACAAGGGCAAGAAGCGGGAGACGAGGCUCGUGACGUUGUGCUUGGAUGACGGGUGUGUCGAGGAGUGCGCGCGGAGAGGGAUGUACGCCUACGGAGGGUACGAGAAGACACGGCCGAAGCAGAUCCUCAAAGCGACGUGGCCGAAGCUGGCGAGCUUGAUUGACACGCUCCAACAUCGCGACGUCUUCUUCAUCGAUGCCGACAUUUCGUUCGCGCAGGACCCCUACCCGCACAUGGAGCCUCUCAUGGAGAAGUACGACAUUAUUGCGCAGGAGAACGACGCUUUCGAGCACUUCAACAGCGGCUGGAUGUGGCUGCGGCAAGGGAAGCGCGUCGUCGAGGCGUGGAAGGAGGUCUUUGCGAUGGACAUGAAGAAGACGAGCCGGGACCAGUACAACUUCAACGAGGUCCUCGGCACUCACGACCAACGAAAACACACCGACGACCCCGACGACCCCUACCAUCGACCACUCCGCUCCUCCUUCACCGCCAAGAACGGCCUCAAAGUGCACGUCCUCGACUCUCGCCUCUUCCGGACGUAUCACCAGCGCAAGGACGCCUGGGUCGCGCACCACGACAGCCUCUACCUCCACAUGACCUGCGCGGACGACAGCUGGCUCAAGCUGUUCGUCCCGAAGAGCGAAGGGUUCUGGACCGACGUCGACGAGUAUUAUUCGCAGCCGCCGGCGCUUCUCUCGAUUCACACGCUCUCUGGCCCGCGGGAGGACCUCGUCCAGCAGUGGCGCAUCCUCAUGGGCGCAGCGUACUACUCCGAACGUGCCCUCUCCCUCCCUUCCUACUCCGUCGUGACCGACUUGCGAAACGGGACCGCCAUUCGCGACACCUACUCGACCUUCCCGCUCUCGCACGUCGCUGGCGCAGGAAAAGACUCGAACCUCGGCGUCGAGAUCGUCGAGUCGGACUACGCUGCGCAUGCGACGGCGCACUUGCUCGGCGUCAGCGCCCUCAACUCGACGGAGAGGAGGAACGAUGGCUGGUGGGAGAAGCUCGGAGCGAAGGAGCGGAAGAGGAGGGAAGAUGCGGUUGUCGCGCUUACGAAGGUCGCGGAGCUGGACAUGCGCCAAGUCGAGUCCUUCCCAGCCCUCAUUCAGCGCCUACGCGACGACCCGACCUUCUCGUCCGCGAGCCACAUCCAGCUCAUGAACUUCGAGCAUCCCGCCGCCGACUCCUGGCGCUCGUGGGACUUCCCGACGCCCAUCAACCGCGCAACGACCUGUGGCGACUUGCACGAGCCGCCAACCUGCACACGGAUAUGCCCGCCGAACGGAGAGAAUUGGGGCUUCGAACUGAAGGCGAAGUGGCCAAGCGUGAAAGGUCUGCUGGCGGACCUCCCUCCUCUUGCCACGAUGAGCGAAGUCGAGGUGUAG